UUAGGCCUUAACAGCACAAGUAAAACCAUCCCACAUAAAAAAAAAAGGAACACAGUCGCUUUCAGUUCGUUUUCUUUUCGUGGGAAGGCAAGCCCGAGCCAAGCCAGCGCCGCCGCCCCCACACCCUACUCCCUCGCCGCCGCUGCGACGCGGCGGACUGCCUCCCGUCCCAUGGGCUGCGUAGGAUCCACCCCGGCCAACAAAGAUGCCGGAGGAAGUAGCGAUGGCAAUCAUGGGACUAAGAAAGUGCGGAAGCCCAAAGCUUGGAAGCAUCCCCAACCGAUAACCAUGGCCCAGCUCAGGCAGAUGCGUGAGGAAUUUUGGGACACUGCUCCUCACUAUGGUGGUCAGAAAGUAAUUUGGGAUGCCCUUCGAGUUGCAUCAGAAUCCGAGGUAUCCCAUGCACAGGUUGUUGUGGAAAGUGCAGGCAUAAUUGUUUCUAAUGCUGAUCUAACUCUCUGCUAUGAUGAAAGGGGUGCUAAGUAUGAACUGCCCAAGUAUGUUUUGAGUGAACCAACCAACCUUAUUCGAGACAGCUGAAUGGCAGCCGUAGGAAGACCUACAGAUGUAAAAACUGUAAAUGACUGCAGAUGCCAAAUUAAUCUCUUGCUUUAGUGUCCUGGUAACUGGAGCGUGCUUGAUUAACUUUCAACUUGCUUCAGCAACUUUCGGCAAUAGGGUUUUCUAUUGUUAUUCGUAGCAUACAGUGAACUCUUCCACUUCUAAUGUCCAGAUAAAGCUUUUCCGUACCCUCGUCUAUUUGUUCUUGGUUCUACUGUAAACAUGAGUCUGCUUCGAAUUCUUUGGAGGGAGAAUGCUGCUUAGAUUGUUCUCGUCCAUUAUCAUGAUACAAGUUGGAGCAUACGUUUUAGAAACAUGUCACAUAUACUGCCAGAUUUAGGUUUGUCUUGUAUAGUUAGCGAUCAUUAUCUGGUCUGGUCUGACAUUGCAUAUGAAAUGCAUUAUAAGGAGCAAAUCACAA